AUGACCAACAAUAAUGGCAACAAUCACAGAGUUGUCAAUGUUGAUAACACGACAAGCACCAAUAUUAUCAUUCAAUUAAAUCCCGCAUCCCAAUUACCCAUCAAACUAAGUGGUGGUCACAACUUCGCCACCUGGAAAGCUCAAUUUUCCAUGCUUAUGUAUGGCUACAACUACUUUGGCCAUCUCAAUAGAACCAGUCCGUCCCCUAGUCGCACGAUUACCCCCGGCACGAAUAUCUCUCCCAAUCCUGCCUUCUUAACUUUGUUCCGUCAAGAUCAACUCAUCAAGCAUGCUCUCAUGGCUUCUGUGGAACACACUAUUUCUCCUAGUGUUUCAGCCCCUGACUCGGCUAAAUCAACUUGGGAUGCCUUGCAUACAACUUAUGCGAACAAAUCUCAAACUCGAGUCUUCAGUCUGCGUGAGCAUCUUGCCCGUAUCACUAAGGACUCUCGCUCCAUUAAUGAAUAUAUUCAUACUAUUUGGUCCUUUUCGGAUGAGUUAGCCACUGCUGGUGCUCCUGUUUCCAAUCCUGAACUCAUUGUCAAAAUACUUCGUGGUCUAGGUCCUGAAUUUCGUGAAAUAUCUGUUGCCAUUCGUGCACGUGAUACGCCUAUCUCCUAUGAGGAACUGUUUGAAAAGUUACUAGACUUUGAACUCUUCCUCCUCCACGAGGAUGCUAAGAAACUAUCUAGUACCAUCACUGCUGUAGUUGAUACUUCCACUAAAUUCAACUCCAAUAAUUGCAACAACUGUAGACAAACCAACAACUCUCAACAAUGGCGCCAGAACUUGCGUCCAAGCGCUCCACCAUAA